UAUUACGCCUUCUGUUUUUCUGAUAGGUUGAUUGAGAUAGCAGGAAACAGAUUCCCUACUUAUUUUGACUUGGAUGAAAAGCUGUUCUGCAUGACCCGUAGCAUUCACCUGUAUCGAGAGCUGACCUGUAGCAGUGUACUGAAGAGGAUUAUGUCUUUGGAAGAAGAAGUAAUUUCAAAGAAAGUUAAACUCAUAAUAAUUGACUCAGUUGCUUCAGUUGUCAGAAAGGAGUUUGACACAAAGCUCCAAGGCAACCUAGCAGAGAGGAGUAACUUCUUGGCUAGAGGAGCAUCAGUGUUGAAGUAUUUGGCAGAGGAGUUCUCAAUACCGGUUAUCUUGACGAAUCAGAUUACCACAUCAUUGAGCAAUGGCCUUGCGAUCCAGGCAGACCUGGUGUCUCCAGCUGAUGAUUUCUCCCUGUCUGAAGGAGCUUCUGGAAGUGGGAAGGGGGAAUCUGGUCGUGUGACGGCAGCCCUUGGCAACACGUGGAGUCACAGCGUCAACACCAGGCUCAUACUACAAUAUCAUGAUUUGCCGACAAGACAG